AAAGGCGAAGCUGGGAUUUCCUCUAAUUAGAUUAUAUUUUUUAAUUUGGAAGAUCCAAUCCGUCUCGUGCGCGCGCGCGCGUGUGUUGGGUGGAGUCAGCCCGGAUCUCUCCAAAUUGGAAGAACCGUUCAGGAGCGCCAUGAAGGACGGCAUCGCCAACAACAGCACGGCCAGCAUCUCCCAAGCCAGGAAAGCUGUGGAGCAGCUGAAGAUGGAGGCCUGCAUGGACAGAAUAAAGGUUUCCAAAGCAGCUGCAGACCUGAUGGCGUACUGCGACGCCCACAUACGAGAGGACCCCCUCAUCGUGCCCGUCCCUGCCUCCGAGAACCCUUUCCGGGAGAAGAAGUUCUUCUGCACCAUCCUCUGAUGACGCCGCCGGCCGAGCGGUCUGGGUGCAGGCAUGGCGUUGCCUGGCUUCUCUGUCUUCACCACACCUGAAGCUCCUGGCCGACAGGCGUUGAGUUGAGUUUUGCCCGGUGGACACUCUGUUGUUGGUCAGCUCGGUCCUGGUGGCUGAAGGUUUUGGGGGAGUCGGCCACCAAAGCGGCCAC